UCAUUCAAUAUUGCUGGGGGACAGCUUGGGAGAGAACAAGAAAUAUUAACGACAAUCACCUCUCAGAAAUUCUUCACAUUUCACCCUUUUUUUGUAUGGUGUGAAUUGAUUUCCCAAUCAGGCUGGCUUCUCAUAUUUCUUCAAAAUGAAGUAUUUCGCGCUUGCGACCACCGUCCUUUCUCUUGUAUCUACAGCUUUCGGCGCAGACAAGAGCAACUUCACGAAACCACCAACGUCGAAACAAAUCCUGCCCUCGAAUUUUAAACCACCCCAGGUGUUCAAGAAUGUAAAUUUAGUUCACAAUGUCAAUCUCGAAAAGAGUUAUCCAAAAGAAUCAAUUAAUGUGGUAAUCGAGAACAUUGCGAACGAGCCUCAAGAUGAAUACUACCUACCAUUCACAUCGAGGCAGAUGGAGACAAUUGCAGCUCUAGAAGUCAAGGAUAGAAAGGAUGCCGACUUAGGGCUAUUUGAAGUACGAGCAGUAGAAUUUGACACAGAGAGGUAAUUUAGAUUCGCGUCAUUUCUCAAACUAUUAGGCUAAUUCUUCAAAGUGAUACUCAAUUCUAUCUUAUCAAACUGCCACAACCUCUCGCACCAAAGGCACAACAAACAAUUGGUAUUUCAUAUUCCUACCUAUCGGCUUUGAACCCUCUUCCAAGUUCAAUCGCACAAAAGGAUCUCCAGUAUGUCGUUUACGAAUUCUCCGCAUAUGCUCAGUCGUCAUACGUCACUUUGAAGCAAAAGACUGAGGUCAAAUUCCCCACAACCAAUAUUCCAGAGCACACCAUUAUUCCAGGAACCGACGGCGCACCUGAGUCACCACAAAAGCAGGGUUCUAAGUACACAUACGGUUCUUAUGGAGAGGUACCAGCUGGCGCGGUUGAACCGGUCCGGGUUCGAUAUGAGUUCACCAAACCCCUCAUCCAUGUUUCCAAAUUAGAGCGUGAUAUCGAAGUUAGCCACUGGGGAGGAAAUGUUGCUUUUGAGGAACGCUAUACUUUGACCAACCGUGCUGCCAAACUUUCUCAACCAUUCUCUCGCACUCUCUGGAAUCAAGCCUCAUACUAUGCCAAUACACCCACCUCUGCUAUCAAAGAGCUCAAGUUCCCAUUGAAGGUCGGAAGUUUGACACCAUAUUUUACUGAUGUCAUCGGUAACGUCUCUACCUCUCGUUUCCGUAGUAAUAAACGGGAAGCAAACCUCGAAAUCAAGCCCCGUUACCCAAUCUUUGGAGGCUGGAACUAUCCUUUCCGUGUAGGUUGGGAUGCUGAUGCCAAGAAAUUCUUGAGACAAUUGAGCGGAGGAGAGCAAUAUGUUCUCAAUGUUCCAUUUUUGGAAGGUCCAAAACAGGCCGAGGGGGUUGAAUACGAAUCUGUAGAACUUCGCGUCAUUCUUCCCGAAGGAGCUGAGUAAGUUUCCCAUCUUAUUCUCCUCUUACAACCUAGCUAAUUCAUAUCCUCAUAGAAACGUCCAAUUCUCCACUCUCGUCCCCAUCGCUUCCUCCAGAAUCACCCUCCACAAAACCUUCAUGGACACCGUCGGCCGCACCACCCUCGUUCUUCACUCCCGCAACCUCAUCGACGACCUCCGUGAUCGCGAAAUCAUCGUUACAUACACCUACCCCUUCCUCGCAGGUUUCCGCAAACCCAUCAUUAUCUUCAUCUCCACGUUAAGUUUAUUCGUAACCGUUUGGGCCGUUGGCACAUUGGACGUUAGUAUUAAAGCGAAGAAGCCUUAAAAGCUACGCUACUAGGUAGAUAGAUAAAAACGAGUAUGGGAAGGGACAACAUACUAAGUAAGGCAAGAGUAUGAAAUCAUUGAAAUGAAUCAUGUGUACAGAUAUAUAGAUAGAUAGGUACCUAGCAAGAUAGAUAUAAAAAUGAGAAAAGUCUUGAUCGUUUAUUGUUCUGCUC